AUGAGGACGACUUUCGCGGCGCUCGCCGCUCUCAUGCUGCUCGCGGUGCUCGCCGCGCCGGCGUUCGCCACCCGCGGGGGCCCGCUCAAGCGCCGCGCGAUGCCGGCGGCCAACUCCGUCCGCGGCGAGAUCGACGCGCUCCAGGACGCGCUCGCCUCGGCCGAAAACUUCUUCGAGGCCGCCGUCGACGACGAGGCUGCGGCCCGCGCGGCCGCCGACAGCCAGCUGGCUGCCGACAUCGCCGCCGAGGCUGCCGCGCGCCAGGCAGCGGACACUGCGCUCACCAGCGACCUCGCCGCCGAGGCUGCGGCUCGUGCAGCCGCGGACGGCCAGCUGGCUGCCGACAUCGCUGCUGAGGCUGCCGCACGCGCGGCCGCCGACACGCAGCUGACCUCGGACCUCGCCGCCGAGGCCGUCGCGCGCCAGGCUGCGGACGGCGUGCUGACCUCGGACCUCGCCGCCGAGGCUACGGCCCGCCAGGCUGCUGAUGCUGUGCUGACUGGCGACCUCGCUACGGAGGCGUCGGCGCGCGCCGCCGCGGUCACCGCGGAGGCGAACGCGCGCCAGGCCGCGGACGCGGCCCUGAGCAGCAGCCUGACCGCUGACCCAGGGCCUCGCCGCCAGGCUGCGGACGUAGUCCUGACGAACGACCUUGCCGCCGAGGCUGCGGCCAGCAACGCAGCGGACACGGCGCUCACGAGCGACCUCGCCGCCGAGGCCGCCGCGCGCCAGGCUGCGGACGGCGUGCUGACCAACGACCUCGCCGCCGAGGCUGCGGCCCGCCAGGCCGCUGAUGCUGUGCUGACUGGCGACCUCGCUACGGAGGCGUCGGCGCGCGCCGCCGCGGUCACCGCGGAGGCGAACGCGCGCCAGGCCGCGGACGCGGCCCUGAGCAGCACCCUGACCGGCGAGGUGAGCAGGCUCGAGGCUGCCGAUGCAGCGCUCGCCGCCGGGCUGGCGGGCGACGUCGCCGACGAGGCCGCGGCGCGUGCUGCGGCGCUAGCCGCUGAGACGAACGCGCGCCAGGCGGCGGAUGCCGUUCUAUCGAGCGACCUCGCAGCCGAGACGAGCGCGCGCCAGGCCGCCGACGCUGCUCUGUCGAGCGACCUCGCCGCCGAAGCCGCUGCGCGCGCCUCGGCGGUGUCCGCGGAGACGACCGCCCGCCAGGCCGCGGACUCCUCGCUCAGCUCGCGGAUCAAUGCGGAGGCCAGCACGCGGGCGAACGCGGACUCCUCGCUCAGCACGCGGGUCACCAACGAGGGGAACGCGCGCGUGUCAGGUGACAACGCGCUCAGCGCGCGCAUCGACGCCCUCGGCAGCGGCGGCGGCGGCGGCGCCGGCGGGGAGUCUGGCGACUCGCACGUCACGACCUACGACGGGCGGACGGGCGGCGUCAAGGCGUAUGUGGGGAGCUUCUACUCUGUUAUGGACAAGAUCGACGCCAAGCAGUUCGGCAACCAGAACUAUGUGCGACGGCUGAAGACCUCGGGUUCCCCGCGGGUGAGGCAUGAUGGUGUCGCGAUCGGCAUGGCCGGCGCGGAGUCGUCCUUGAUCGGCAUGACGGGAGACACCACGUGGAUCAUGAACCCUGGCGACGGGUCGUCCCUCGAGUACUACGACGAGGACAACAUGAUCCGCAGGUGGUACGUUGACAGUGCCGGCAGCCUGCUGAAGGUCUCUGAUGCGCGGGUCAAGUUCAGCGUGCGCGACAAGGCGAGGACCGACUACCUGGAGCGCUUCCUGCAGCUGCGUCACGUGUCGUUCGCGUACGACACCGAGAUCCCCGCGGACAGCAGCACCGACAAGCAGGCGCGCAUCAUCCGCAAGCUCCUGUCGGUGUCCAACGGGUUCAUCGCACAGGAGGUCGCGCAGCUCUUCCCGCGCUGCGUCAGCACCAACGAGUACCGCCUGGACUUCGACCCGGCGGCGUACAGCCUCGUCGAGGAGCGCCUGACGGGCGACGUCACCCUCGCCGACGUGCUGGCCAUGGACAACCCGGAGAGCGACCAGUACACCGUCGACCACGCCUGCGUGGAGUUUUACCGCGGGCUGGCGAUGCGGGAGUUCAUCGAUGAGACGCGCGCGGAGGCGGCGGCUCUCGCGGCGCGCGUGGCUGCGCUCGAGGCCGCGCGCAAGUGA